GCGUUCCUGGCCGAUGUUUCGACCCAAAUAAACACGCACGGAUCAAAUGAAUCGGCGCGUUAAAGUUGCUCUCAGAAACACGACGAGCUGGUAGACAGGGUGCAUACGACCGAAGCGUCCCAAGUGUUCCUACACGGUGGACUUUUGCGGGGGUCGCUCACGAUUGGAUCAUUUCACACACUUCGCCGUGUGCGCGAAUCACCCACCCCCACCCCACUUGGCGAGUCCACUCGAUCGCUCGGCAGCCAAAGGCAGCCCGACACCUGUGCCACCGCCCCCUCCCGGCUAUAAAACCCGCCCACCGCCCGAGCUCCCCGGACAACGCCGCAUAAUUGUGUCCGCCGCCGGCUCCCGGGACACCGCACAGCGCACAGACAACCCAAGGCCUAGCACCACUCUCCUUGUCUCGCACCUGCCUGCCGGCUGCGCCGCUAGCGAUCGAGCUAAGUCGACGCGCGCGCGUGGGCUUUUGCAUGAUAAGGAGGAGGAUGGGGGCACUGCACGUCGGCGAGCCGCGGGUCAGCUUCCAGCAGCAGGUUGGCAAGAACGGCGGGGGCCACGGCGCCGUCGUGGAGGAGAUACACGGACUCAUCCGCGUGUACAAGGACGGGCACGUGGAGCGCCUCCCGGCGAUCCCCGACGUCCCCUGCACGUGGGGCUCGACGGCCGCCGCGAGCGGCGUCCUCGCGCGCGACGUGGCGGUCGACCGCGCCACGGGGGUGUGGGCGCGCCUGUACGCGCCGGCCGCCGCGGCGGGGAAGGUCCCCGUGGUGGUGUACUUCCACGGCGGCGGGUUCAGCGUCGGCUCCGCCGCGUGGAGCUGCUACCACGAGUUCCUCGCCCAGCUCCCCGCGCGGGCGGGCUGCGCCGUGAUGUCCGUCGACUACCGCCUGGCGCCGGAGAACCGCCUGCCCGCCGCGUUCGACGACGGGCUCACGGCGCUGCGGUGGCUGCGGCAGCAAGCGAGCAGAAACGCGGCCGCCUCCGACGAGGUCUCGUGGUGGCGCAGCCGGUGCAGGUUCGACCGCGUGUUCCUCAUGGGCGACAGCGCGGGCGCCGCCAUCGCGUUCCACGUCGCGGCGCGGGCCGGGCAGGGCCAGCUGGGCGCGCUGGCGCCGCUCUCGGUCAAGGGAGCCAUACUGAUCCAGCCCUUCUUCGGCGGGGAGGCCCGCACGGCGUCGGAGAAGAGCAUGCCGCAGCCGCCGGGGUCGGCGCUGAGCCUGUCGACCUCGGACAGCUACUGGCGCAUGGCGCUCCCGGCCGGCGCCGGGCGCGACCACCCCUGGUGCAACCCGCUGGCCCGCGGCGCCCCCCGGCUGGAGACGCUGGCGCUGCCGCCCGUGCUGGUGUGCAUCUCGGAGGCGGACAUCCUGCGCGACCGGAACCUGGAGCUGUGCAGGGCGCUGCGGAAGGCCGGCAAGAGCGUGGAGCAGGCGACGUACGGCGGCGUGGGGCACGCCUUCCAGGUGCUCCACAACUGCCACCUGUCCCAGCCGCGCACGCAGGAGAUGCUCGCGCACAUCCGGGCCUUCGUCAGCGCCAGGUCCAGCUGACAGACACACACUCCUCCGCCGUGUCAUGUCAGUGUCACCCGUCGAUUAAUUACUUAAUCUACUACCAGUUCCAGAGUAGAUGCCGUGUAAGCAGUAGUAGUAGCUUGUGGUACUCGCCCAAGUGAAGGAAAAGGCAAGAAAAGGGUCCAAUACCGAACUUGGAUCGUUGUAGCUAGUGCUGUCGGAAAGCAAAAGUGUAGCGGAAAAAUAAUACUCCUACCACUACCGCUCCAUGUACGUAUGUAUAUCGUGUUAUUCAUUGUACUUGCUUGCAAAGGAGGAUCAAUAUAUAUAUAUAUAUAUUAUUACUACU